AUGAGCUCCUUGAAACAAUUUAUACGCAAUGUCCGCGCAGCCAAGACCAUCGCAGACGAACGGGCGGUCAUCCAAAAGGAGAGCGCUGCCAUUCGCGCCAGCUUCCGCGAGGAGAGCGCUGACCACGGCGUCAGACGUAACAAUGUUGCCAAACUCCUAUACCUCUUCACCCUCGGCGAGCGCACGCAUUUUGGCCAGAUCGAGUGCCUGAAGCUCCUGGCAUCCCCCCGCUUCGCCGACAAGCGGUUGGGUCACCUUGCCACGAGCUUGCUCCUCGACGAAAAUCAGGAGGUACUCACCUUGGUGACGAACUCUUUGAAGAAUGAUCUGGGGCAUUCCAACCAAUACAUAGUCGGCCUCGCCCUCUGCACGCUCGGCAACAUCGCGUCCGUCGAAAUGUCCCGAGAUCUUUUCCCCGAAAUCGAGACACUCAUCUCCACAUCCAAUCCGUACAUUCGGAGAAAGGCGGCGCUCUGUGCCAUGCGGAUAUGCCGCAAGGUCCCAGACCUGCAGGAGCACUUCCUGGAAAAGGCUGCCCACCUCCUGGCGGACAGAAACCAUGGUGUGCUUCUCUGCGGACUUACCCUCGUAACAAGCCUUUGCGAGGCAGACGAAGAGGAAGGCGGAGAAGAGGGCAUCGUCGAGAAGUUUAGACAAUUCGUCCCCGGGUUGGUCAAGACCCUCAAGGGUCUGUCGACAUCAGGCUACGCGCCGGAGCAUGAUGUCACAGGCAUCACGGACCCCUUCCUCCAAGUCAAGAUCCUUCGGUUGCUUCGCGUGCUCGCGGUCGGGGAUGCUCACACGAGUGAGCAGAUCAACGAUAUUCUUGCGCAGGUCGCAACGAACACGGAUUCGUCCAAGAACGUUGGCAACUCUAUCCUCUACGAGGCUGUUCUCACGAUCCUCGACAUUGAGGCCGACUCGGGUCUCCGGGUCCUCGGCGUGAACAUUUUGGGCAAGUUCCUCACCAACAGAGACAACAAUAUCCGCUACGUCGCCCUCAAUACACUCAUCAAAGUCGUUGCGAUCGAGCCCAACGCAGUCCAGAGGCACCGGAAUACAAUCCUGGAAUGUCUGCGAGACCCUGACAUCAGCAUAAGAAGGAGAGCUCUUGAGCUCAGUUUCACGCUCAUCAACGAGAGUAACGUCCGAGUGCUCAUCCGGGAGCUACUAGCCUUCCUCGAGGUAGCAGACAACGAGUUCAAACCCACCAUGACCAGCCAGAUUGGCAUUGCCGCGGACAAGUUUGCACCCAACAAGCGCUGGCACUUCGACACGAUGCUCCGGGUCCUAUCAUUGGCGGGCAACUAUGUCAAGGAGCAGAUCCUGUCCUCCUUUGUUCGCUUGAUUGCGACAACGCCGGAGCUCCAGACGUACGCCGUUCAGAAGCUGUACACCAAUCUCAAGAAAGACAUUACUCAGGAGAGUUUGACGCAGGCCGGGGCUUGGUGUGUAGGCGAGUACGCCGAUGCCCUACUUAAAGGCGGGCAGUACGAGGAGGAGGAGCUCGUUCGAGAAGUCAAGGAGAGUGACGUUGUCGACUUGUUCACGCUCAUCCUGAACAGCAGCUAUGCCACGCAAGUCUCCACCGAGUAUAUCGUCACGGCGCUCAUGAAACUCACCACGAGGAUCACGGACGCGUCGCAGGUGGAGCGGGUCCGCCGUAUCCUGCAGACGCACCAGACCAGCCUGGAUGUUGAAGUGCAGCAGCGAGCCGUCGAGUAUAGCAACCUCUUUUCGUUCGAUCAGAUUCGCCGCGGUGUGCUGGAGAAAAUGCCGCCACCGCAGAUCAAGGAGGAGUCCAGGGUCCUGGGUCCCGCGCCGACGAAGAAGGCGAAAGCGGCGAACCGAAAGUCCAGGGUCGUCAAGCCCACGGAGCAGGAUCUGCUCGACAUCAUGGACGCCCCGGCGGCAGCUCAACCCACGAACGGCUCCCAGGCUACAAACUCUGACCUUCUCGCAGAUAUUCUUGGAGGUGGUGGUGCGCCGGCUCUGGGCUCGGGACCAGCCUCACCUGCGCCGCAGCAGUCGAAUACGUCGUCUAUCAUGGACCUGUUCGGCCCAAGCCCGGGGCAGUCUUCGCCGUCUCCUUCUGGCGGCUCCGCUGGCCCUGAUAUCCUGGGCUCAGCCGCCUCACCCCCACCGCAACAGCAGCAGCACUCGACACCUCAGCCUAGCGGGAUCCCUUGCUACGACUCCAACGGCCUGAACGUGACGUUCCAGGUUCAGCGUAACGCCGAGGGCACAAUACAGGCCACGGCCAGGUUUCUGAACACGACGGGCUCCUCGACUUUGUCGAACGUGGGUCUCCAAGCUGCGGUGCCCAAGUCACAAAAGCUGCAGCUCCUCAGCAUCUCGUCCACAGAACUGGCACCCGGUGCCGUGGCUACACAGAUGAUGCGGGUAACUGGUUGCAAAGGACCACUCCGAUUGCGCCUGCGUAUUGGAUACACACACCCCACGGCGGGCCAGGUGUUGGACCAAGUGAACUGGACCGAGCCAUCAUGA